CACACUUACAAGUAAUUAUCUCUUCGUAAAGUGUAAUGCUUUAAGCUUAUUUACGUAAUAACCAAUGGAAGGUGGCAUUAGGCAAACGUAUUACGAGAUUCUCGGUGUUGCCGUUGAUUCUUCGGCGGAGCAGAUACGACGAGCAUAUCACAAGCUUGCUAAGAUAUGGCAUCCUGACCGGUGGACGAAAGAUCCUUUUAGAUCUGGAGAAGCUAAACGAAGAUUCCAGCAGAUUCAAGAAGCUUAUUCAGUUUUGUCGGAUGAGAGGAAACGAAGCUCGUACGACGUUGGACUCUAUGAUUCUGGAGAAGAUGAGGGGUACUUCGAUUUUGUUCAAGAGAUGGUUUCACUUAUGUCUCAGACUAAAAGAGAGGAAAAGCAAUACAGCUUGGAAGAGCUACAGACAAUGGUCGAUGACAUGGUCUAUGAGUUCCAAUCAGAACCAUUGUUCCAGAACCAAUCAAUGCAAAUGAAUUUCGACUUGAACCAAACGCCUGAUUGGCAUUCACAGAUGUCUCUACCGCUUUCAAGCUUUGAGUUCUAUUCUCAAAGCAGCUACUGAACUAUAUCGAUUUUCGUGGGAAAGAAUCGAAGAAUCUGAAUCUCGCAUAUUUGGAUUUGCAUCUCUAGGAGACUCGGACUGUGACUAAUGAGGAAUCACUGACCCUGUUUUUGUUAAGCAGAUAGAAAACUCUGGCUUCCAAGUCUCAACACUUCUGUGACUUCUGGUCCAAGAAAUAGAUUCUGCUCUAGCUAUGGUUUUCACGUUUUGGAUAAAGUAGCAUUGGAUAAUUUUUGUAGGGGAACAAUGUUCGUUAAGAAGCAUCGAUUUGUAAUUGCGUUUUCGUUUUUUCUGAUGCUUGUAACGACCUUUUUUAAUAAUAUCAAAACAAUGGCAUUUGGAAUAUCUUUUUACGUUUUAUCAAAAAGGAAAAAAAGGAGGAUAUGAGUAACAAAUUUGGAUAUGGGCUAAUCUUUGUUCCGAAUUAAUUUUUGAUUUGGGCUAAAGUCCUUAUUUCAGCCCAUUGAGUCGGUCGAUGUAUAUCCCCUUUUCCAGCUUUGGAAUAGAUUUCCAACUACUUUGUCAUUUUCUUAACAGAAAUAAG